AUGCGAACAAAGAAGGAAAACAAAUUUGUUUCAAAGUUGGAAACCUCUUGCACUCUGCCACAUGAAUUGGAUUUCCUUCCCAAAAGGCGAAUUAUUGCCCUCACUAAUGAUCCGGAGGUGGUUGAGAAGUGCAUUCAAUCUGGUGCAGUGGCUGCUGGGGGAGCAGACAUCUUGGGUCGUCUGGAAACGGGUGGUUUUCAUUGGGAUGAAUAUGAUGAUAUAGUCGCCCAUCCAGAUUUCGUUGAUUCCAUCAACAAAGUACGAAAAAUUCUUCAGAAUCGAAUGCCAAGCGUUAAAAAUGGUGAGUUAUUUUCUCAAUUGUUACAAAUUCGUUGUAUUAACGUUAUAGGUUAUUUUAAGUUUGUUCUAACUUAUAGUGCGCGCAUUUUAAUGAUUCUUUAUACAUAUUUACCACCAAUGUCAUCAUUUAUGCAUACACUGUUUUUUAAGCAUUUUACUUUUGACAAGUAUGACAAAGUUGCAAUUAUUUAUUUAUUU